AUGCCUCAAUGGGGUGGUGGUGGUGAAAAAUGCCCACGGUGCCAAAAGACUGUCUAUCCAGCCGAACAACUUCUUGCCUGUAGUUCGACAUGGCACAAGGCUUGCUUCAAAUGCAAAACAUGCAACAGUACAUUGACUUUGGCUUCAUACAAAGACUUCUCUCAAGAUGUCUAUUGCAAAAAUUGUUAUCAGGACAAACUUCACCCUCAUGAACGUAAUCGUAAACAAUUAGAAAAUAAAUUUAGUAAACAACCUGGAGGUGGUGCUAGCUCAUCAUCAGCAGGCGCUGAAGGUGGUGAAGAAGCCUAA